GAAAAAAAAUCAAAAAAAAAAUCAACUCGAACUCGCAGCUUCUCUUCCUCCCGCCCCCGAAUUCUGGUUGCCUCCUCCCCCUCUUAAAACCCUAACCACCAUUUCCUAGCUGUAUACCACCUCUAUACGACGGCGCCUCUUCUACCACACACUCCUCCUCUGCCGCUUCUAUUCCCGGUGUAGUCGACAGUUGUGAAAGAAUGGAGCAAAGAUUAGCCAAUAGUUGGAAUAUGACUGUAAACGAGAAGAAUUUUAUUGAGACAGCAUUGCUUUCGGAUCUUAGAGUCGAUGGACGCCGCCCUUUCGAUUACCGCCGCUUAACCAUCAAGUUUGGCCGUGAAGAUGGCUCUUCUGAAGUGCAACUUGGCCAGACCCAUGUCAUGGGUUUUGUGACUGCUCAGCUUGUUCAACCUUAUAAAGACAGGCCUAAUGAAGGAUCGCUUGCUAUUUAUACAGAGUUUUCUCCUAUGGCUGACUCUUCAUUUGAGACUGGCCGUCCUGGAGAAUCUGCUGUUGAACUGGGACGUAUUAUAGACCGUGGUCUGAGGGAGAGCAGGGCAAUUGAUACAGAAUCACUCUGUGUUCUAGCGGGCAAACUAGUGUGGUCCAUUCGUAUUGAUCUUCACAUACUAGAUAAUGGAGGGAAUCUGGUUGACGCUGCAAAUAUUGCUGCUUUGGCAGCCCUCCUAACCUUCAGGAGGCCAGAGUGUAGUCUAGGGGGAGAAGAUGGGCAAGAAUUAACAGUGCAUCCACCUGAGGUGCGUGAGCCGCUUCCAUUGAUAGUUCAUCAUCUUCCUAUAGCUGUGACAUUUGCAUUCUUCACUGCAGAUACCGUUGUGGUGAUAGAUCCAAGUCACUCUGAAGAGGCCAUAAUGAAAGGCAGAAUGACUGUUACGUUAAACACAAAUGGAGAUAUCUGUGCCAUUCAGAAGGGUGGAGGAGUUGGUGUCAUGCACAAUGUUGUCAUGCAGUGCUUACGAGUUGCCUCAGUCAAAUCUGCUGACAUUACUACCAAGAUAAAAGAAGCUGUUGAAUCAUACAAUACGGAAAAGGCAUAUCGCAAGGUCAAGCGCCAUCCAAGUUCCGCAGGGGGUCAAACUGAGAGGUAAAUAUAUGCUUAUUAAUGAUGCAUAAAACUACAUCAGAGUAUUUUUCAACGAACUGCUACAGCCUACAGAAAUAGGGCGAUUUGCUAUUGUCAUUUUUCUGGUGCGAGGCCAAUUUCCAAAAGCCCUGGAACAACAGGAAGUAGAAGGGGUGUCUUUAGCACUGGUAGGUUUCUUUUCAUUUAUUUGCAGGAUUAGUUGCAAAAUUUAUGUUAUCACUUCAGAUGAUACUUUGAAGAAUCUUAGAGAUACAAAUUCAUUUUUAAAAAAAUGGAAUUCAAACUUUAAUGGGUUAUCAUUAAACUGCUUCAUGAUCAAUAACUUUUUGAUUCAACGGGAUGGAUUUUCGAUGCAAAUUCGUUAUUCUGUGUAUACACGUUGAUUUUUGGAACA